AUGAAUUCUAGUCGAUCUAUACGGAGUAAUGCAAGUAUUGGUGAUCGUGCAUCACCCAAUUUUCUAAUAAAAAGAUCUGAUAAUAUACCAAAUCGUUCAUCAUCACCACCAUUAAAUAAUCGUUCAUCACUUAUUCGUCUUCAAGAUACAGACAAAAAUGAACCUUUAACGAAAAAUUUCAAUGAAGAUGAUAUAAAAUAUCAUAAAAUCGCUUUUGAACGUUGUAUUGAUUUAUCUGAACGAGGUGUAAUAACGAAUCGAGAGAGAUUUAUUCAAGCUCUUAAUUAUGUUGGGUAUGAUUUACCAAAAGCAACGAUUGAUCAAUUAUGGUCAGCCAAUCAUGAGGAAAUAACAUUUAAAUCUUUCGAACGUAUUCUUAACCAAGAAAAAUCAAUCGAUGAACGAAUUCUUGAAGAAGCAUUUGAAACACUUUAUAGUAAAGAUAAAAAAUUCGAUUGGAAUAUUGACUUCAAUAAAUUUCGUACGGAUAUGAUUGAAAAAGGUGAUCGUUUAACAGAAGUAGAAUUUGAAAAACUUCGUCGUUUACUUGGUACUGAAAAUGGAAAAAUUGAUGUUAAAAAAUUAACAAAAUCAAUUGGAGAAAAUAAAGAUAAUUGUCGUCAAAAAAUUAUAAUAGAAAAAAAAGAACAAAGAAGAGAUGAAAUCGAACGAUUAUCAUCACGACCAAAUUCACCAAAACUUAAUAAUAAUAAUAAUGUUCGAAUUCGUAUUGAUUCAACCUCACAAAAAUUAAUUAUUCCUUCGGGAAUACGUUCUGUACAAAUCAAAGGUGCUUUCUUUUGUGAAUAUUUUGAUUCACCAACUGAUGCACUUUAUUUUUCAAUUGGGUAUUCAUUUGAAAUUAAAAAAAAUACAUCUGUAUGGAUAACACUAAAACCAAUAACUUCGCCAUAUCAUGCAGGUUCAUUAUUCAAAAAUCUCGAUGUUCGACUUCUUCUCUUUGAAAAACUUCCACGUUCAACAGAACGACGUCUUAUUCAAAUUAGUUCUGCACGAUCAGGAAUUAAAUCAUAUAUUGAACUGAAUGACUUACCAAAAGGUUCAUAUGAAAUAAUUCCGAUUACAUUUGGUGGUGUACUUCGACCACGAACACGUGAAGUAAAUGAACGUCCACCCAUUAAAACAUUACGAGAAACUCGAGGAAAAAAAUAUUCGAUGAGUAAAGAUUAUCGUGAUGCAUUAGAAUAUAUAUUCGAUGUCUUUGAUUUUAAUGAUAAUAAACAACUUGAUCGAAAUGAAUAUAAUUUAUGGACAAUACGAACAACUGGUGAAGAAAUAACUAAUGAAGAUUGGUUAUCAAUUCGCGACCAUGUUAGUUUGGAUGAGGGUGAAGGUAUUUCAAAAGAAAACUUUUUUAAAUUAAAUGAUUUUGAAGUACAAGAUCCGGAUACAACUGAAACAGAUUUAUGGGCGGGUUUGAAAUCUAUUGGAUUUAAUUAUGCACUUGAACUUGAUAUGAUGUGUCCAUUUGAAUUAACUGUACAUGUCAAUGAAUCUAAUAUACAUCUUGAAUCAACAUCUUUUGUUGAAUUAACGGAAAUCAAAAAAAUUCUUAUUAAAUUUUUACAAAAUAAAUCUGAAAAAAUCAAAAUUAAUUCAACUGUUCAAUGUUUUAAUUAUCAUGAUGAUUGUGGUUCAAUACUUAUUGUUGACAAUAAAGGUCCACAUAAUGUUCGAAUAUCUGCUCAAGUAGUCAAUUCAAAUAAUGCUGCUUUAACAUUACCAAUUGAUUCACGUAAACCACCUAUUAUUAAUAUUCGACAUGAAACUUCUCAAAUUAUUUGGUUUGCACAUAAAUUGGAUAGUUUGCGUCCAAUGGAAUUAGACGCGAAUGUUCAAGUCCAAUAA